AUGAACUGUGUACGCUGCAAGAAAAAGCCCUUUUGUGUGUGUGUUUCUUUAUUGCAGCCUCUGGAAGUAGAAUAUGUGAAUUCUGAAUAUGGAAAGAACGCAGUGAGAAUCCUGUACGUUAGACGGGAAGGCCAGGUACACUGCAUUAAAGAACUGGAAAUCUCUGUACACAUCAGACUCAACACUGUGCGUGAAUACUUGAAUGCCGACAACUCCAGAGUCAUCCCUACAGACACCAUAAAGAAUACAAUUGAAGCCCUGGCCAAAUGCAAUGGGAUCAGAACAAUAGAGGAGUUUGGGCUGGAUAUCUGCGAGCACUUCAUUAAAGCCUUUUGUCACGUGGUGUAUUGCAAUGCCUUUAUCCAAGAGGUUCCCUGGCAGCGCCUAGAAAAGGACAAUACUCCCCAUGCGCAUGCUUUUCUCUACAGUUCUGAAGGAAUUCGGUUUUGUGAAGUGGAACGGACUCAGGACAAGCCUCCAAUUGUUUUUUCUGGCAUUAAGGAUCUAAAACUUAUGAAAACAACCCAAUCUGGAUUUCAGGGCUUUCUUAAAGAAAGAUACACCACACUUCCAGAAAGGAUAGAUAGAGUGUUGUCUGUGGAAACACUCAUCAAAUGGUGCUAUGGUGACUGCUUGGAUGGCCUUGAUUAUGAUUCCAUAUGGAGAACUGCUCACGAAAGUAUCCUUGAUGCUUUUGCUGGUCCACCAGAAACAGGCCAUUACUCACCUUCUUAUCAGAAGACAGUCAACUGUAUUCAGACAUACAUUCUGGAAAGAAUCCCACAGAUUGAAGAGGUAGAAGUGAUCCUGUCUAACAUCCACUAUUCAGUGACAAAUUUAGAAAAACUGGGAAUAAGCAAUGACAAAGAGAUUUUUACACCUCAGGAGACACCAUUUGGUGCUUGUGCAUCCACACUGCGUAGGAAGGAUUGUUCAAAAAACCUGCGUCAUAUGCCAGUAGACUGCAAACCCCAUUCUUUUAUUGGGUGGAAAUUUAGCCGUGGAAUUUACUGA